AUAAUAAUAAUAAUAGUAAUAAACAAGUGUACUCGUGUCGGCUUUAUUUAACAUAAAUUUUUUAAUGCAAUUUAAUGAAUUAUUAUUGGGGAAUACUCCCCUAAAAAAUUGCUAUAAUAUCUUAAUUCAUAUUUUUUUUUAAAAAUAUAAUUGAAAAAAUAAAUAAUAAAUUAUUUUUAACAAGUACUAUCAAUUGAAAAAAAGAAUUCUUAAUAAUAAAGUUAAUUAAAAAUGAAGUUAAUACGUAAAAUAUCAUCUUGGUUAUUAUUUGGUAUAUUAUUGUACCAGUGUACUGAGUUGACAUUUGCUGAUGAACAUAAUCAUAUUUAUGAAGAUAAUGAACAAGUUGUGUUAUGGAUGAGUACCAUUGGGCCUUAUCACAAUAGACAAGAAACAUAUGCCUAUGAUUCUUUACCUUUUUGCAAUGGUCAGAAAGAGGCAAUUGAUCAUUAUCAUGAGACUUUAUCAGAAGCUCUACAAGGUAUUGAACUAAAAUUUAGUGGUCUGGAUAUUGAAUUCAAAGUUCCAGUCCCAAAAACAACUGUCUGCACUAUUGAUUUAACUGAAAAUGAUAUGAAAGCAUUCAUUUAUGCUAUUAAAAAUCAGUAUUGGUACCAAAUGUACAUAGAUAAUCUUCCAAUAUGGGGAGUUGUUGGUGAAUUUGAAGAUAAUAAUGAUCAUUUAUCAUACUAUUUAUUUACUCACAAAAAAUUCGACAUUGGAUACAAUGAUAAACAAAUUGUUGAUGUUAAUUCAACUACUGACAGCGUUAAAGUUAAAUUAACUCCAAAUGCACAUAUAACGAUUACUUAUGAAGUUAAUUGGAAGAAAAGUAAUGUUAAGUUUGAAGAUAGAUUUGAUAAAUAUUUAGAACCCAAGUUCUUUCAACACAGAAUCCAUUGGUUCAGUAUUUUCAAUAGUUUUAUGAUGGUAAUUUUUCUCGUUGGACUUGUCUCAAUGAUAUUGAUGCGUACACUGAGAAAAGACUACGCUAGAUACAGUAAAGACGAAGAAAUAGAUGACAUUGAACGAGAUUUAGGUGAUGAGUAUGGUUGGAAACAAGUUCAUGGUGAUGUAUUUCGACCAGCUAGUCAUCCCAUUUUAUUUUCAGCAUUAAUUGGAGCUGGUUACCAGGUGACUGUUGUAGUACUGAGUGUUAUAAUAUUUGCAAUACUUGGAGAGCUUUAUACUGAACGUGGAUCAAUGCUUUCAACAGCAAUAUUUAUGUACGCUGCAACAUCACCAGUUAAUGGUUACGCUGGUGGAGGACUUUAUGCGCGUAUGGGUGGAAGGGUAUGGAUAAAACAAAUGCUGUUAAGUGCAUUUAUGCUGCCAAUUAUGGUUUGUGGUACAGCAUUUUUUAUAAAUUUUAUCGCCAUUUAUUAUCACGCAAGCCGUGCUAUUCCCUUUGGUUCAAUGGUUGCAGUAACAUGUAUAUGCGUAUUUGUUAUUUUACCAUUAACAUUAGUUGGAACGAUAUUGGGGCGCAAUCUUGGUGGAACACCAGAUGCACCAUGCAGAGUUAAUGCAGUGCCCCGACCAAUUCCUGAAAAAAAAUGGUUUAUGGAACCUCUGAUAAUUAUUUUACUUGGUGGUAUUCUUCCUUUUGGUUCAAUAUUUAUUGAAAUGUACUUUAUUUUUACUUCAUUUUGGGCCUACAAAAUAUACUACGUUUAUGGAUUUAUGUUAUUGGUUUUUGUUAUUUUAAUGAUUGUAACUGUUUGUGUAACAAUCGUAUGCACUUACUUUUUAUUAAAUGCUGAAGACUACAGAUGGCAAUGGACAAGCUUUCUAGCUGCUGCUUCCACCGCUGGUUACGUCUAUAUUUAUUCAUUUUACUACUUUUUCUUUAAAACAAAAAUGUACGGACUUUUCCAAACUGCAUUCUACUUCAGUUACAUGGCGCUCUUCAGCUUAGCUCUUGGUAUCAUGUGUGGUACAGUUGGAUAUAUUGGUACUAAUGCAUUUGUUCGUAAAAUUUAUUCUACUGUUAAAAUAGAUUAGAUUUUAUUUAAUUUUAAUAAUCAUUUCUUUUAAUUGGUAAAAAAAA